UGAAGAUUUUAAAUUGUUUGAGAGGUUUAGAGUUUCCAGGACAUUUGUUGGGAGAGAGUGAAACCUGGCAGCCUGCUUUUAAAUUCCACUAUAAUUACGGGGAGAAAGCUAGGAAAGCUGCUACUCUUUUGUCAUUUUCUUGAUAGACCAGUGCUCUUUUGAACUCCCUUCUUCAAUACUAUGUAUAUAACAAUGCCAUGGAAAGCUGUCUCCUCGACUCCAUAGCUUCACUUCGCUUCAAUCUCUCCUCUCUCUCUCAGAACCAGAAGAUUUUUAGUCACUCGUCUCUUUCUGAACUGGGACUUUCCCUCCAAUGGCUGUGGUAUGUGCUGAAGCAGCACCACAACCACUUAGAGCACAGGUUUGGAUCUUGAAAGUUUCUAUUCACUGUGAAGGAUGCAAGAGGAAGGUUAAGAAAGUUCUACAGAGCAUUGAUGGUGUUUAUACGACCAUCAUUGAUUCAGAACAGCAGAAAGUUACGGUCACCGGAAAUGUUAGCCGUGAGACUCUGACCAAGAGGCUCGCAAGAGCAGGUAAACAAGCGGAAAUUUGGCCAGAAAAGCCAGCAGAAAAAGAGAAACAGUUCAUCAAGAUGUUGGCGACUGACAAAGGGAAUGGCCAAGAAAAUGGAAUAAGUCCGAGUACAAACAAAGCUUCAGCAAAGAAGGUUGAGUUUAGAGUCAGCCCUGACAAGAAUAACCGUGUAGAACAGAUUGAAAAGUCAAAGAAUAUUGGAAGCUCUAUCAAAAAGCUUCCGGCCGGGGAGUCGCCGCCGGUGGCCAACUACAAGGGCAAUGCUACUGGACAUGAGGGUUAUUCUCCAGACAAAAGUGGGGUAGGGCAGAGUGGUGAAAAGAAGAAAAAGAAGGGGCAUUCAGGUAUUAUCAACGGUGAUAAAUCAGGUUCGAACCCCCAGAAUGGACAUGGAACACUCAAUGUGGAUCCAGAUGUGGACCUAAAAAAUGGUAGCCCACUGGCCCAACAAAUAUACAUGGGCCCUAAGGGUUAUUACUUUCCUCCACCUACUUCGGGGUUAAACUACUAUGCGCCGCAUUUAGUUAAAGGUCCUGAAUUGCUUUACCAUGUCCCACCGAUUCCAUUUUCACAUUCGAAUGACCAGACUGGAAACUAUGAGGAUCAAGCAAAGCCACAGACCUACCUGGAUUAUUUCAGUGAAGAAAAUGCCCAUGGGUGCAUCAUUAUGUGAUCUACAACCCAGCCAAUCUCAAAUCAAAGGCAAGAGAUGAUGAUUUGAAGUGCUAAUUUUUAGUAAAACAGCGGAGCAUGAAUAUAGAUAGAUGUACAUUGUACAUGAGUGAGGUCCAAAAUGGCAGGAAGGUUAGCAAGUAGCAAAGUUUUGAAGGGUUGGGUGCUUCUAAUUUUUUGGGUGAAAAGUACUUUAGGGUUAUUGUGUUCUCUGUCAAAUGAAAACUUUUUGCAGAAGCUUUCUAAUGACUCUGACUAGGAGUAAUCUAUAAAACUAUUCAAUUUCAAGUUCAUC